AUGUCGCACACGACGAGCGCCAUUGACUACUACUGUGGGAAGAGAGCUGUGCUUCACACGUCAUGGACCGACGACAAUCCUGGACGAAGGUUCCAUUCCUGUCUUAAAUGGAAGAGAGGUGGUUGCAAAUUUUUCGAUUGGGAGGACCCUCCAAUGUGUCGUCGGGCAAUGGCUAUAAUUCCAGGAUUACUACGUAAGGUGAAUGCCAUGGAAGCUGAAAAUGAAAAACUGAAGAAGAGCCUUGAAAUGAUGAAGAGAACCUGCAUUUGUUUGGUUGUGGCUUUUGUUCUCUUUCAGCUCCUCUCAUGCCUCAUGAAAUGA